AUGUCAUCACCACAGGGCCAUUGCCUUCUGCAAAUCCCAAGUCCCAUCGCCGCGCUCCUCCCUCCAUCACCUAAAAGGCGGCUCGCGCAGCAAAAGACACGGGGCAAUGCUCCCACCCGCACGACCAAUUCGGCGAGGAACCGUUCUUUAGAUAAAAUCUUACCGUUUUCCCUCAUCCGAUGCUCUCCUUCUGCGAAAAUUUCUGGCCUGACGAAAUACAUGGGGCAGCGCUGGGUUCAUCCUCCUAUCCAAUUUCUACCGCCCACGGACAAGACGAAUCUAGCCAUCUUUUUCGCAUCACGUUGA